UAGGACAGCAGAAGCAGCUCCUACAGCAUCCAGCACCCAGCAUCCAUCCCUGCCUGGGGAGCAGCAGUCCUACCCGGCGCAGCACCGACGCACGGAGGGGGCGCAUCAUCUAAGUGAUGCCACAGCAUCAGCCGCAUUUCGACAACAAAUACUGAGAGUACAUCCUAAAGGAGAGGGAGGACGAGGAAACAGAAGAUAAAAUAAAAUAAUUAAAAAAAAAAAAAGCUUCAGCCUCGAAGACAGCAACUGCCCAUGAAGAUGUCUAACGCUGACAUCGUCUUAAACGCCACGGAUCGGGUGGUGAAAUCUGUCCCCUUCCCCUUGAGCCACCGCCUUACGAUGAAGGAAGUAUUUGACUGUGAAGGGAAACCUCGCGUGGAUCUCCUGAAGGCCCAUCUCACCAAGGAAGGUCGUGUGGAGGAGGCCGUGGCGCUCCGAAUCAUCAAUGAGGGAGCAGCUAUCCUGCGUCAGGAGAAAACUAUAUUAGACAUCGAGGCACCGGUCACAGUCUGUGGAGACAUCCAUGGGCAAUUCUUUGAUCUUAUGAAGCUGUUUGAAGUGGGAGGAUCACCAGCUACAACACGGUACCUGUUCCUUGGUGACUAUGUUGACCGUGGCUACUUCAGUAUUGAGUGUGUUUUAUACCUUUGGUCGCUGAAAAUCCUCUAUCCAAAGACACUAUUUUUACUUCGUGGAAAUCAUGAAUGUAGACAUUUGACAGAGUAUUUCACCUUCAAACAAGAAUGUAAAAUCAAGUACUCUGAGCAGGUGUAUGACUCGUGUAUGGACGCGUUUGACUGCCUUCCCCUGGCUGCGCUCAUGAACCAACAGUUUCUGUGUGUUCACGGCGGACUCUCACCUGAAAUACACACCUUAGAUGACAUUAAAAAGUUGGAUCGGUUCAAGGAGCCACCGGCUUUUGGGCCCAUGUGUGACCUGCUGUGGUCCGACCCUCUCGAAGACUUUGGCAAUGAGAAAACCCAGGAAUAUUUCAGCCACAACACAGUGCGGGGCUGCUCUUACUUCUACAGUUAUCCAGCUGUAUGUGAGUUCCUACAGAGCAAUAACUUAUUAUCCAUAAUCCGAGCGCACGAAGCACAGGAUGCUGGCUACCGGAUGUACCGUAAAAGUCAGACGACUGGAUUCCCAUCCCUCAUUACCAUCUUCUCAGCGCCAAACUACCUGGAUGUUUACAAUAACAAAGCUGCCGUACUGAAAUAUGAAAAUAAUGUCAUGAACAUCCGACAGUUCAACUGCUCACCCCAUCCCUACUGGCUGCCCAACUUCAUGGAUGUCUUCACCUGGUCUCUGCCGUUCGUUGGAGAAAAAGUCACAGAAAUGCUGGUGAAUGUGCUGAGCAUUUGCUCUGAUGAUGAACUCAUGAAUGAUGAAGAUGAGAUUUUUGAUGCCAACGCAGCUGCACAACGCAAGGAGGUGAUCAGAAACAAGAUCCGCGCUAUCGGGAAGAUGGCCAAAAUGUUCUCUGUUCUCAGAGAGGAGAGUGAAAAUGUGUUGACGCUUAAGGGCCUGACGCCCACUGGCAUGCUGCCAAGCGGGGUUCUUUCUGGAGGCAGACAGACACUGCAGAGUGCCACCAUUGAAGCCAUUGAAGCCACCGAGACGCAUGAUGAGGACGGAGAAGCUAUCCGUGGGUUCUCCCCCCAGCACAAGAUCACCAGCUUUGAGGAGGCUAAGGGCUUGGACCGCAUCAAUGAGCGUAUGCCUCCUCGCAAAGAUGGGGUGAACCAUGUGGGUCACUCCAUCGGAAAGAUGAAUAUGUCAGAGGCCAACGGCACAGAAGAUAACAGCAACAUCCAGUGAUGUGCUGUCUGAGCCUCAGAACUGCCGGUGGCUAC